ACAGGGACUCGCUGCCCUCAGUCUGCACCAACAUGAGUCCAAAACAUGUUGUCUUCAAGAAGGUUUGCAAGGACAAUUCGGUUGCAGUUUACAUGGGAAAGAGAGACUUUGUCGACCAUGUUGACUCCGUGGAUCCAGUGGAUGGCGUCAUCCUCGUUGAUCCUGAGGCUCUGCAGGGAAGAAAAGUGUUCGUCACCCUGUCGUGCACCUUUCGCUACGGCAGAGAUGAUAUGGAUGUGAUGGGAAUCGCCUUCCGCAGAGAGCUGUACCUGUCCACCCGCCAGGUGUACCCGCCCCUGCAGGACCGCGAGAAGGGAAUCCACACCAGGACGCAGGCCAAGCUGCUGCGCAAGCUGGGACACAGCGCCUACCCGUUCUUCUUCGAGUUUCCGGACAACCUGCCUUGCUCAGUGGCUCUCCAACCAGCGCCCCAUGACGUCGGCAAGCAAUGUGCAGUGGAGUUCGAGAUCCGAGCAUUCAGCGCUGAGAGGCAGGACGCUAAAGUGCGCAGACGGAGUGCAGUGAAGCUGGCGCUCAGGAAGGUCCAGUUCGCCCCUGAGGGCCGGGGAGCAGCGCCCUGUGUGGAGACCACCAGGGACUUUGUCAUGUCGGAGAAACCGCUGCAUGUCAGGGCCAGCCUGGACAAAGAGAUUUACUACCACGGUGAGCCCGUCAAAGUGCACGUCAGCAUCACAAACGACUCCAGCAAAAACAUCAAAAACAUCAUCGUCUCCGUCGAUCAGGUCGCCACUGUGGUGCUGUACUCCAACGACAGCUACGUCAAGUCUGUGGCCAUCGAGGAGUUUGGUGACUCGGUGCCUGCCGGGGCGGCCCUGCAGAAGGCCUACACGCUGCUGCCUCUGCUGGCCAACAACAGUGAGAGGAGGGGCAUCGCUCUGGACGGCAAGCUGAAGCACGAAGACACCAACCUGGCUUCAUCAAGCAUCAUCAAGGAGGGGGUGCUGCAGGAGGUUCUUGGCAUCAUGGUCUCCUAUAGAGUCACAGUGAAGCUCAUCGUUGGAGGGAUGAUGGGAUCAAGUGAGGUCGCCCUGGAAAUCCCCUUUAAACUGAUGCAUCCUAAACCUGAUGCAGUGAAGGAGAGUGAGAUGGAGGAGGAGAUGGAGUUCCAGGAGUUCAAACGGGCCUACCUGAAAGGAAUGAUUGGUGACGACGAGGACGAAGAUGGAAACGUGUCUGGGGGUGACGACGUGGCCCCAGAAGAAAAGUAGGAGAUGCAGCGAACCAGGGUGGAGCACAGAUAGCUGGGGGUUUGUCUCAUCAGAGGCUGUAGCAGGAGAAGGUGACAGUUAAAGGACUGUCUGUGGUUUUGCAUGUUUCAGUACCAUGAGGCUGCAGCAGAGCAGGUCCUCAGACGUGCAGUUGGACCAUGUUGUUAACCAACGUGUUAGUAGUUUCUUUCUACAGACAGAGAGAAUCAUGACUGACUUCCCCUAUGAGAAAUGUGAGAACUGCCAGGGAACGACCUCCUGUGCAACACCCGAUCCAGGAACUUGUACCUAACUCCCAUUUAAAGAUGUUUUCUUUUAGCUAACAUUUGCUUGCUAACAUGCAAAACCACACAUAAGGUCCUGACUAAACACAGGAUAGUAUUUGUUUAAUUUAUCAUUUUUAGUGCUUUUGUGAUUUUAGUAACCCAGUUAGUAGCAGAUUCUGGGAUGUUUAUAUCUAAAGUAAUUUGACGUUGGUAAUCGUGGGUUCAUUUUGUAAAACCAGAGAAUGUGCUGCAACCAGCUGAAGGAGAGACUGAAUCCAGUUUAGUGAAGAUGACACUCUUUAUCGUUAGAGUGGCUCUGACUGUUUUAUAUUUUACAAGGUGGUGAUUGUUAAAAUGUCUACAGUAAAUAUCUCCCUGUUUAACCAUUUUAAAUGAAAUUGAGUGAAUGAAUUGAAUUGAUUUGUGUUAAUCCUUGAUUUCACAAAAAUCAUAGACGUCCCGGAGGCUGCUUGUCGAUCACA